CUCCGGUUGCUUAUAGGACGUGGAGUUUAGACAACCAGGCAGUGAGUAGAUAUUAGCAUUAAUAACAUGUAAUUAAAGAUGGUAUGGAUUACCAUUGCAACUUGUUGGUUUAUUUCUCCGUGACACCGGAAGCACGGAGCUGUAUUUUGCUUUAAAAUAACGAUAUGACAUGUGUUUACCUCAGUGAGGACAACCAAAGCUCGUUGAUCGAUCGCCUCGUCAGAUUAGCUUGAAACGUGAUUUGAUCUGUCAGAAAAGGACCACCGAAAUGCCUGCAAACAUGUCACCUGUUCCCGUCCUGCCGCUGGUGAUCAACUGCUUCCUGUCUAUGCUCGGCUGUCUGGCCACACUGAAACUCAUUCCUGCUUUCAAAGACCAUUUCAUCUCAGCCAGGUUGUACGGAAUGGACCUAAACAAAACGUCCAAAAAGGAAGUCCCAGAGUCCCAAGGAGUGAUCAGUGGCACGGUCUUCCUCAUUAUCCUCUUCUGCUUCAUCCCAGUGCCUUUCCUUAGCUGCUUUGUAGGAGACAAGUGCAUGGGCUUCCCACAUGAUGAGUUAGUACAGCUGAUAGGCGCACUUCUGGCCAUCUGUUGCAUGAUCUUCCUGGGCUUUGCUGACGACGUGCUGAACCUGCGAUGGAGACACAAACUCCUGCUUCCCACCCUGGCUUCCCUGCCGCUGCUCAUGGUCUAUUUUACCAACUUCGGCAACACAGUCAUCGUGGUGCCCAAGCCUUUCAGAGCCCUGCUUGGGCUGCACUUGGAUUUGGGUAUUCUCUACUACGUCUACAUGGGGAUGCUUGCGGUGUUCUGCACAAAUGCCAUCAACAUCCUAGCAGGCAUCAACGGCAUCGAGUCGGGUCAAGCCCUCUUCAUCUCAGGCUCCAUCAUUGUCUUCAACCUGUUGGAGCUCAGCGGAGAUUACCGUGAUGACCAUGUUUUCUCCCUCUACUUCAUGAUACCAUUCUUCUUCACCACAUUAGCACUUUUUUACCACAACUGGUACCCUUCAUCUGUGUUUGUUGGAGACACUUUCUGUUACUUUGCUGGGAUGACCUUCGCUGUAGUCGGCAUCCUGGGACACUUCAGCAAAACAAUGCUGCUGUUCUUCCUUCCUCAAGUGGUGAACUUUGUCUACUCCUUGCCUCAGCUUUUUCACGUCAUUCCCUGUCCCAGACACCGGCUUCCCAGGCUGAAUCCAGACACAGGCAAACUGGAGAUGAGCUACUCUAAAUUUAAAAGAAAAGACCUCUCUAAGUUAGGACAUCUCAUUCUGAAGGUAGCAGAGUUAUUAAAGCUGCUAGAGGUGCGACGAGGCCAGAAGGGAGAUGAUGAAUUUAUUGAGUGCAACAACAUGACAUUAAUAAAUCUGGUUCUGAAAUGUCUCGGUCCUAUCCAUGAGAGAAACCUCACAGUCAUCAUGCUCAUCAUGCAGGUGAUGGGCAGCGCAGUGGCUUUUGGGAUCCGUUACCAUCUGGUGCGUCUCUUCUACGACGUCUAGACAGCCUUCUGGGAAAGGAGGAGCGAACGCUGACUGAGAAAAUGAUAUUGUUCGAUGGAUCUAUUUCACAGGCUUGUGUUUCAUCUGCCUUUUGAUAGUUUCCAUUACCUCACUGUUACUUUCCGCCUAAGACUUUACCUGCAGUAAAGACAAAGGGCAAGGUUCAAAUAUAUAUUUUAAUUCACAGAACAGUAUCACAUACAGCAUCAACUGCAAGGGGUCAACAGCAGUGUUGUGUUCCUAAAUGUCAGUAAAUACAAGCAGGAAGAAGUAACUGGGUAUGAGUGAUUAAUGAAGGUAUAUUUUUGUACAUGGUUUUUUAAAGGAAAGUACAGUAGGUGGGCAUGAUGCUCAGUAAUCAGGGCAGCCAACAUAAACUGAUGGCUGCUUCUAAAUUGUUACUAUUCGAAAACAGAUAUAAGGAGGUUAUGGUAUACGGAAAAUAUUCACGCAGUGCUCUAUUGCUCGAAUCUGCUGUUAAAGCAAAAAUGGCUAUGGUUAAAUGAACUCGUUCACUUCAUUUUCCAUGACUCAAUCCAUGCAUAAUAUGAAUGAAUAAGUUAAUAUAUGAUUUGUGUUUGUUUGUUAUUUUUACCUCUAAACAAACGCACACACAAUGUCAUUGUGAAGAGGUAAAAAUACUUUUAUCAGCGUGAAAACAGCAAAUAAGGUGAAUACAGGUUCAUAGAGGGGAUGUCUCGAUUGUUCAUACAACGUUACUUAAGUUCUAUAGAAGGUGAACGGUGUCCUGAUGAGAAAAAGAAGAAUUGAUUGUUUAUACCUUUGUUGAUAUUAUUGGAUACAAAGCUGUAUUUUUGUGACUGAUAUGCAUUUUUCCCCUAAGCGUUCAGCAUACAUCAAUGUGAAGUAAACUCGCACUGGAUUAUCUUUCUAAGGAAUGUAUCUACAAGUGAGAAACUGUUUACUGUUGAAAUGGAAGCCUCAAAUUGAGAAAUAAAGGCUAAGACAUUUAAAAUAAA